UCGGGCCGAGUCGAGCAUCCCAAACAUUGCCAAGGAACUGAACAGCUGUGUUGUCGAUUGAUUGUGCUAGAGUGCCAGAGUGCCCUUGGCUCACGCAAUCAAAAUAUCGCGGUGUAGUGAAAACAGAUUGAACCACGGCGACUCCUUAGCAAGCCUGGCCUCGAACGGGGACCCCGAAGAAGGAGGACUUGCGCCUCCACCCAGGAAGAAGUCCCGAAUUGUGGAGCCCAAUAUGCAGCAGCAGCAGCAGCAACCUGCCUCAAAUGGCUGUUCUGAACAUAAUGGCACUUCCUCGCCAUCCGGGGAGGAAGUGCAAUCAAAGAUUAUGGACAGAACAAACCAAGAUAUUGUGCGACUCAUUGGGCAACACCUCAAGACUGUUGGAUUAAAUCGUACAGCUGAAUUGCUCAUGCAGGAGUCGGGUUGCCGGCUGGACCACCCUUCUGCUGCGAAGUUCCGGCAACAUGUGAUGGAUGGUGACUGGGUCAAGGCUGAUAUUGACCUUAAUGAACUCAAGUCCUUGCUUGAGAGUACCUCACAGUGCUUAGUAGAAAUGAAGUUUUUGUUGCUGGAGCAAAAGUACUUGGAAUAUCUUGAAGAUGGGCGUGCUCUUGAUGCACUUCAUGUUCUUCGAAAUGAGUUAACACCUCUUGGGCACAAUACUACAAGAGUGCAUCAGCUAAGCAGUUAUAUGAUGUGCAGUGGAGGAGAGGAAUUACAAAAACGGGCUGGGUGGGAAGGCAAAGGAACAAAGUCGCGCAGUCUUCUUAUGGACAAACUACAGUCUUUCCUUCCACCAUCUAUUAUGUUGCCACCUCGAAGGCUCUAUUCUCUUCUUGAUCAAGCUGUAACACUGCAGAAGCAGAAUUGUCCAUAUCAUAACACAAAGGUUGAGGGAGUAGCAGAUUAUGUUUCAUUGCUUUCUGACCACCACUGCUCCAGUGAUCAGUUUCCCUGUGAGACUACGCAAGUUCUUAACGACCAUUGUGAUGAAGUAUGGUUCUGUCGCUUUUCCCCUGACGGUCUAAAACUGGCCACUGGUUCCAAAGAUACAUCUGUAAUCAUUUGGGAUGUUGAUCCCGACACUUUGACUUGCACACACCGUAAAACCUUGGAAGGUCAUUCAUAUGGUGUAGCAUACCUUUCGUGGUCUCCAGACAGCUCUCACCUGAUAGCUUGUGGACCAGAAGAUUGUCCAGAGCUAUGGAUUUGGAACAUUGACUCUGAGGAGCUGAAAGUAAAAGUUUCUCAGUCUCCAGAGGACUCUUUGACCUCAUGUUCUUGGCAUCGUGAUGGCAAUAAAUUUGUAACUGGUGGCAUUAGGGGCCAAUUUUAUCAAUGUGACUUGGAAGGAAAUGUCUUAGACUCAUGGGAAGGUGUCAGAGUUAACAGCCUGUGGUGCCGUAGUGAUGGGAAAACUGUGUUGGCAGCAGAUACUCAUCAUCGUGUUCGAGCUUAUAAUUUUGAUGACUUAACCGACUAUAAUGUAUUGCAAGAGGAUCAUGCAGUAAUGGCUUUUAGUGUCAACUCAGCUGAUAAGCUGGCUCUUCUUAAUGUAGCUACCCAGGGAGUUCAUCUCUGGGACCUGCAAGACAAAUGUCUUGUUCGAAAGUUCCAGGGAGUAACACAAGGGCACUUUACAAUUCAUAGUUGCUUUGGAGGAGCCAAUCAGGACUUUGUUGCUAGUGGAAGUGAAGACAAUAGAGUUUAUGUUUGGCAUGUCAAAAGAGAGAAACCUAUUGCUGUGCUAACUGGGCAUACUCGAACUGUCAAUUGUGUGGCAUGGAACCCUGUUUAUCAUCAAAUGUUGGCUUCAGUCUCUGAUGACUUCACUGUGAGAAUAUGGGGCCCAUCUGAGAAAUACAGAAAUUGUAGUCAUUCUCCUGGCAAUUUAAAUGGAAAUAAUGGAGAAGGUCCUUCUAAUGGUAGUGCUUGGCAUGAAAUGGUAUCAUAGGGUCUGCUGAUGCGCUGCGCUAAGUUGCCAUACAGAGUCACAGCGCUGCGCCGUCAAACAUUUGUGUAUUUUAAUGGUGCAGUGCCAUGCCAAAUCUUGACAUCUUGUCUUAUCUGGCUUUGCUCCAUACUUUUUCGUUGUGCUGUGAUGUACUGUUGCAUCUUCUAAGUGACACAAUGAAGUUUGAAGAGAAACAAGGAUAAGACAAGGGUCAUUCUUUUAAUUCUUUGUAGAGGACAUUCUACAAAAUUCUGUAAAAUUUUUAAGUCUGAUUCAGGGCUUAUGUCCUGAGUGUGCAUAAUGAUAAGGUGACAUCUUUGUUUGCAAUAAAUAUUUUGAUAAGAUGUUUGGUUGUGUGUGAGAGUAUGCUAUGGAGUCACAUGUUGCAUAAUGCUGAGCUGUGCCUUGCCUGAGAUUAAUUGGGGUGCCUAGCUAGCUAAAAAUUAGGUUCAGGUAAAACUUCACUAGCAGCAUUUAAUUUUAAUUAUUUAUUGAACAAAACCAUCUGAGCUGGAAUCUUCUACGUAUAGUAAAUAAACUUGCAACUUUGUUCUGUUUCAAAUAAAAUCCUUAAGAAGCCUAUGCCGAUUUACUGGAUUUUGGCCUUUUGUUGUGCUUUCAUUCUUCAUCAAACUGCACAUACACAUUUUUAUGUUUCUUUUCAUUGUACUUAAAUUUGGUCUGUACCAUGCUGCUGAUGUUUGAUGGUAUCCUCUGGUUUACCUCUCAAAAUCUGUUCUUAGCUCACUGUGCAUAAAAAUAAGUUGCACAUUGUACAUGUCAUGCAAAUUGAAACAUGUUUUUCAAAAAUUCCAGUGGUGUAAUGACUCAGAAACCAUUUGAUUGCAUGGGAAGCAAUAACAUGUAAUUUUCUUGAUUUUAGAAUAAUUUAGUUGGCAUUUAGUACUACAUUUUAAUUCAUUAUUUCUCUAUUGCUAAUCUUUUUAUCAAUUUUCUGCCUAGUGAAUUUGAUAAUUGUACUUCAUAUAAUCCAACCACUGAUGUCGUUGAAAACAAGUCUUCCAUAGCAAUUGAAUUUAUUUAUAAUAAUCUUCAGUCUGGAUACCAGGGUCAUACUACAGAGCAUUUUGCGUGUGUACCACAUUUAAUCUCCUCUCGAUUAACUCUCUUCUUCAUCUAGUCUGUUUCAAGCAUAAUAUUACUAACAAGCAGUUGUGUUCAGUCUUUGUUUUACUUCACCAGUUUAGCUAUCUGUAAUAGUCUCAAGUAUACAAUUUAGAUUUUUGGAAAUUUGACAACUAUAGCAGGUCUGUUAAUAGUAUCUUCUUUCGUACGCUCUGAUAGUGUAACGUGGUUCAUUCAUGACUCCUUUGCUUUCCAAGCAACUUCUUUUCAAGUCAUCUUCCAAAUUUGUCCCAGGUACCUAAUUUUUCAAAUAAAUUUGUAGGUUCCUCAUUGUUUAGCCAAAACCUUAAUUGCAGUAGUUGGUUUGCUUUGUGAUGUCACUAGUGAGAGCAGCUGUAUCGCUUUCGCUAUUCCAUGACAAUUGGUUCCUUUCAUUUUGCUCCUGUAGGAAAGCUAAAUGUUUAACCUGUUGAGAUUAUAUACUGUUGUUGAUAAAAUCUGGAUGUAUUAUUUCUUCGCAUUUGCAAAUAUUUUAAUUAUACUUGUAAAUAAUGUUCGUUCAUUGCCACAAUUAUAAUUUAAACCUGGUAAAUCUGACAAGAAUGCUGUUUUAGUUUAUUAACUUUUUUUGUUGGUGUUUUUGUUUUAUCUGAUUUAAUGACUUUAGUUAAUUACACCACUGGCAUUUAGUGUUGUUUGAAUGUGAAAAGACCAAAUGUUAGUCUUAGACUACUAUAAUCAUCCUAAAUGUGUCACAGCCUGAGUGGAUAGUUCCUUUUAUGGACGUUCUCCUUGGUUUUUUGUUAUAUAGGCAAGACUAGAAUGCUAAUCAAAUCAAAAGUUUGCUUUAUGCUUGUCUUAGCUAUGUUAUAUUUUCUUCUCAUUUUUUAAAAAUAUUUAGUGGCACUGGCUAUGCCAGUUUGUCUGUGAUGGCAGCUUUUGUCUGCAUGGAUACCCUGCCACAUUUUGUGCCCUCUUAGUGACAAUGAAAGGGAAAAAGUACUAUAACAUUAAUUUUUAUAAUAGUAAUGAAGGGCUGAAGUGAGAGACAUGCUUUAUACUGUCUUUAAAUGUUAAGACUUAUGACACUGAUAACGUCAGACAUGUGCUAUUCUUUCUGUUGGUGAACUGUUCGGGAAGGAUAUCAAUAAUAGACAAAAUUUUGUAGAUGUGUGCCCUUUUCUAUGCCAUUUUUCUUUCGUUAUUUAGAACUUUCUAAUUUUUUUUAGUCAGCUUGUUGCCAGGAAUGAUAAAAAAGUAUUUGUUUGGUGAGUCUUAGUUUGUUAAAUUGUAUUCCUGCCAAGAAAUAUCAAGUCAGUACCCACUUUCACAAUUUUAUGAUGUUACCCUCCUAAUCAUCACAAGAAUUGAAAAAUAACUGUCCUUUUUAAAGUGAUGAACUCCCCAGAUCUUUUCAUGUCAGCCUGUGGUCUUGUUUGCAAUUGUGACAUUUGUAAUUAAUUUUUUUUAAACAUACUAGAGCAAUUGAAAUUUUUUUGGAUAACAAAGAUAGAUAUUUUCUUGACACAUUGUAGUGACAUCUUAAAAAUCAGCAUCACAACCAGUUUGCAAUCACUUGAUGUAAAUGUGCUUACUUCUUAAAAAUAAGGUAUAGCUGGUAAACAGUUUUUGUCAUGUAUUUUGUAGAUGUUGUGCACACAGUACUUGACAUGCUAAUGUGAUGGUUUCUUAAAAGCGACUUGAUGUAAAAUGGAUUGCCACUGAUUUUGAUAUAUAUUUUUUGUGUGGCAGCACAAACUCAUAUUCAGUUGGUGUGCAUCUUCAUUGGAAUGGGCCUCACAUGGCUGCACAUAAGCUUGCAUCUCAUUUCAUAAUUUUUAUGAAGAUUUAUUUUAAUGCAGGACAACCACAUUAUUUAUGAAGGUGAUGUUUUGCCUAUGGGUCAAUAGGUAACAUUGAGUGGUAAUCAAGUAACAUGUGUAUAUGAAGGUGACCAUGGUGUAAGCUAAUUUCUUGGUGGGGUGAAUGUGACAUUCUAAAACUUAUUUUUGUAAAUUGUGUUCACAGCACUGAUGUGUGAUGCAAAGUGAUUCAUGGCUUUACAUCUAUCUCUCUGAAGAGUCUUAACUAUCACAUUGUGAUAGCAACACUUCAUUUAAGAGGUGCUCUUUGUUAUCGUUAGUGUUUGUAAAGUCUUCCUCCAGAACUUGCAGAAGACUGAUUCUUCGGCUGGUUUAAAAAUCCAACCAUGGAGAAAAUAUUCAAACAAUUGUCAGAACAAGGGAAAUGAUGAGGAGCCAGAAGAAAGAAGUAUCAGUUCAGUGGUCAGGAAAAUUCAAAUGUAAAUAAUGUGUGAUUUUUGACACUUUCAGCCUUUGUUAGUUAUGACCGUGUGAAAGUGAUGAUAGCUGUUUAGAUGUGAUCAUCUAACUUUAUACAUAAAUUAAUAAAGUUGAUACACAAAAUA